AUGCCGAGCUGGCACGACGGGUCGACGAGCUCAGAGAGGCUCCCUGAGUUCAAUGACAUCGACUAUGCUCCUGAUACUACUGAGGAACCUACAUUUCACGGAUUGGCCGUGGGAUCUGGCGAACGAUGCCGUGUCCACAACCUUGAGCCGGUGAGAUGUGUGGCUUUUGAAGGGACGAACACUGGGCGUCGUUUCUACCUCUGCUCCAUUGAAAAUAUUGAGUACAUGGAGUACUGCAGCAUGAUAUACAUAAUUUCCCUAAUUGUGUUCAUUUUUAUGCAACAUGUUCUGAACUGUGGCUUCCAUGCAUGGGUAGAUAGUGAGUGGCCUGAGCCACUACAAAAUGCUUUGAAGAAACUAUGGGAAAUGUACUACUCUAGCAAUUCAGGUAGAAUUGAUGACAAGUUAGAGCAUGCCAGAUUUGUUGAGGAGCUUGUUGUAGAGAAAAACAAGAUUGAGAAGAAGUAUGCAAGCCUGCUAGUUGAUGUGAAGAAAUUUGCAGAAGAGACUGAGAAAAGAGUGGUGGAGAGAAAUUACAAGUUGAUAACUUCAGGAGCUGCUGAUGAAAUUAAUGAGCUAAAGAAGGAGGUUGCCGAGCUGAAGCAGUUGCAGAAAACACAGGCUGAGGUCAUUAGGGCAAAGAAGGAGGAAUUGGAGGCAGGAAGAGAAGCUUGGAAGACAGAAACUGAUGCUUUGAAGAAAGAGAAGGAUGCAUUGAAUGAGGAGAAGAGAAAGCUGGAGUACAUGCUCUAUGACCAGCUAAAGCUUAGCAAUGGAAACAAGGACAAGCUCAAAAGGAUUAGGAAAGUGUGUGAGGAGGAGUUGAUCAUUUGA